AUGGUUAGUUAUCUCGGCAGCAAUAGUUCUAAUCGACUUAAUGCUCUCUUUAACCGAGGUUUCAUAGCUCAAAUCCGACCUAAUCAAUCUUUCCACCGACCCAACUAUACACCUCACCGACCCAAGAUCAUCUUCGUCCGAGUCAAAUCAAACAGAAUUAUCAGACUAAACAUCCAAUCCGCCGAUGUUACCCCUUCACCCGUUUCUCAAGAGCACAAUCUAAUGCUUCGACCACGAGAAUCUAUGCAGAGAAUUUACCAAACUCAUCUCAAUACAUUUAAAUGGUAUUCCUUUGAUGUGGGAGCGGAAUACAAAACCGAUGCACAUAGGCAUGAUCACCAUCAACGUGGUUUCAAUGAAACUUAUCCGACUUCUCAUUUUACUAAAUUGUCUUCUACUGGAUUGAUUUAUAAAUACUCUGGCAAACAAAUUAUUGCUACACAUUUGAAACUUGAAUCAGAUGACAAAUCAUUACCCAUUUUGAUGGCCAAAAUGUAUGAUGAUUUUGUAGAAGCUAUUGAUGGGGUUGACAAUGGAAUCACUCAGUAUGAAGCUGUUAAUCCGGGUGGUAAACCUGCUGAAGUUAAAGUUUGA